AUGAACUAUGAAAGCUGUUAUAAGAACUUUGUUGAAUUCCGGGAAAGAUUUUCACAGUGGAUUUCUUCUGAGAAAACGCCUGAUGAUAAUAAUGACGCCUGUUCUUCAGUCAGCCAUGUUAGUUCAUCUUCAACAGUGUCCUCGCGCUCCAGGUUAAGAAGCGCGAAAGCUAAACGUUUAAUUGCGGAACAUAAAAUUAAAAUGUUAAAUAAAAAGCAAGAAUUAGAGCGCGCACGCGUAGAACUACAAAUGAAACAACAAUUACUAGAUCAACAGUCUGAACUUGAAGAAGCGCAAUUAGAAGAAUCAGUAUGGCAACAAGCUGUACAGGAAGAGAAUGGAGUGAACUUAGAAGUCCAGUCUCAGACAACAGUACAACAUUCUACUUCCGGUGAAACAACUUCCGUUACUGGAAAUGUGACAGGUACAGACAGUGAUUAUAUUCUUCCGCCUAAAACCCAUACGACAGCAAGUACGUCUUCUACCGGAAGGAAUAUAAAUUAUAAUGAUAUGUGUAGCAGUGCACGUGAUCACGGGCAUAAUCAAGAUGAGGCUAAGAGUGCGCAUUCUAUAAACAAUAUGAACUCCGAGGUUAGUGUUUCUACAAUAGACAUAGCGUUCCAGAAACUUGCAUCUACACUUCAGGAAGGGUUCAAUCUUCCGAAACCGGAAUUACUGACAUUUAGCGGCAAGCCAACUGAAUAUUGUAAGUUCGUCAAAAACUUCGAAACUAAUAUCGAAAGUAAAAUUACCGAUGAUAGACUUAGGUUGAGCUAUUUAAUACAGUACUGUUACGGUGAAGCAAAGUGUUGUAUUGAAGAUUGUGUUUUGUUGGAACCCAGUGAAGGAUACAGGCGCGCACGUGACAUCUUGUUCUCACGUUAUGGAAGGCCGCACGUGAUCGCUAGAACAUAUAUUGAAAAGUUGGUAUACGGUCCACAGAUAGCAGCAUCUGAUACAGACGGACUAUCAAAAUUAGCAUUAGAAAUGCAAAGGUGUGAAAUAACUUUAUCGCAACUAGGAUAUAAUUCGGAUGUAGAUAAUUCUGAAAACUUGAGGCGAAUUGUGAAACGGUUGCCUAUGCAUCUGAGAGUGAAAUGGGUUGAUACAGCACACGUAAUUAACGAAUCUGGAAGAGAAGUACAUUUUACCGACUUAGUGAAAUUCGUUGAUGAGAAAUCACGUGUUGCCAGUUCAAUGUAUGGAAUCGAUCUCAUUAAAGAAAAUCGAACAGCGAAGUCAACUUCCGGUAAACCGCACGGUACAAAGCCUGUAAAAGAUGUAACUACAUUGACCACACACAGUAAUACUGAUCAAAGAAGAAAUGAAAGAAAGUGCCGUUGUUGCCAUGGUAACUGCCUGGAUGUAUCUGUAUGUAGCAAAUUUAAAUCGAUGAGUCUAAAUGAGAGAAAAGAACUGGUGCGAAAAUUCAAGUUGUGUUACAACUGUUUGAAAGGCAACCAUUCAUCUAGCAACUGCAGAAAACCAAAGUCAUGUACGGUACCGGUUGCGAACUGA